AUGCUCUUUGAAAGAAGGCUUUGCUGUUUGCUGUUGAUGGCAAUCGUUUCUCUUACGACAGCCUCGUUGGAUGCCAAACGGAUGCUGGAAGCUCCCAGGCGAUCAUCUGUCACCAGUAACUUUCGAGGAGAUUUAGGUGUGUUUUCGGAAUCGAAUUAUUCUUUCGCGGAUCACAGUUUCUCCUCUGGCAUCUACCUGAUCAACAGUUCAGCCAAAAAUCAUCAAGAACUUUUAGUACCCGGAAAGGAAGCGAAGGUUCCGCAAUGGGUCACAGACCGUUCUUUUCUUUAUGUCAAGGAUACCAGCCCUUCAAGAUCGAGUAUUUUUGUGUAUGACAUUGAUAGUCGUUCAGAAUUUGGUCUAUAUGAUCAUAGUGCCCCUAUUUCAGAAUUAUUGAUCGUGAAGGAAUCUAGCCGUUACCGAGUAAUUUUUACUUCUACUGACACUUCCGGAAGAGAUGAGCCUUCCGACCAAUCUAGUGUUCAUGUCUAUGAUAGCCUGUUUGUCAGACAUUGGGACCACUGGAAAACUGGUGAGAGAAACAGUCUCUAUUCUAUCAUUCUUGAACAAGAUUCCGAAAACGUUCAUACACUUCAUUCAACUACGCCUACAGCUACUGAUCUCUUAGAAAAUACUGGGCUCGAAUGUCCCAUAGAGCCAUUUGGGGAUUCUACAGACUUUGAUGCUACAUUUAAUGACUUAGUAUUCGUUGCUAAAGAUCCGAAUUCUAACCCAGCAACUCAAACAAGGACAGUUGUGUAUUUGUUAAACAUGACUACUCUGAAGCUGAAAGUCCUUAGCACUGCUAUGGGUGCUUGUAGCUCUCCUAUAAUUUCGGAAGAUGAUUCCAAGAUUGGCUGGUUGGAAAUGAGAACACCACAAUAUGAAAGUGAUCAAAAUCAGAUCAUAGUAUACUAUCCCAAAACUGGAUACAAACAACAUGUUGUUCGAAACUGGGACCGGUCCCCUGCUUCUAUUCAAUGGGGUACUUUACCUAGUGGUGAAAAAGGUUUGUAUGCCAUGGCUGAUGACGAAGGAAGAAGAACUUUGUUUUUUAUAUCCACCAAGAAGGAUCAAGUCAUUCCUUUAACCAAAGGCGAAAGUGUUUUAUCGGUUUCCAACUCCGAGGGAUCAAAGUUAUGGCUCAGUAAAUCCUCCUUUGUUCGCCCAAAAUAUUUUGUUCUAUAUGACCCAGCUAAGAAGGUGGAAGAACUUUUGCUGGAUGCGAAUCUUGGUUUAGACCAAUCCUCGUAUGAGGAGGUAUGGUAUAACGGAACGAAUGGUCGCAAAAUUCACGGAUGGCUUGUCCGACCACAAAACUUUAAUGCGUCAAAAAAAUAUCCCCUUGCGAUCCUUAUUCACGGAGGACCCCAGGGAUCAUGGACCAACACUUGGUCUACACGUUGGAAUCCUGCAGUAGUCGCGAAUGCUGGAUUCGUUGUGUUUACCAUUGACCCCACUGGAUCAACUGGCUAUGGUCAAAAAUUUACUGAUGAUAUCGCCCUGAACUGGGGAGGACGGCCAUAUAACGACAUUGUUCAUGGUGUUGACUAUGCGACUAAUAAAAUUCCCUAUGUCGAUGGAAGUAAAAUGGUGGCAUUGGGUGCUUCCUACGGUGGCUAUAUGAUUAAUUGGAUUCAAGGUCAUCCUUUGGGACGCCGCUUUCGAGCUUUAGUAUGCCAUGACGGAGUCUUCAACACAUUGAACACAUUUUACAGCACAGACGAGCUUUACUUCCCUAUUCAUGACUUCGGUGGUACCCCUUGGGAGAACAGAGCUGUAUAUGAACGCUGGAAUCCUUCUAAUUUUGUCAACUAUUGGGCAACCCCCCAACUUGUCAUCCACAGUUCGAAAGAUUAUCGACUAACAGAAAGUGAGGGCAUUUCUGCCUUCAAUUCACUCCAAUACAAAAACGUUCCUAGCAAACUUCUUGUUUUUGAGGAUGAAAACCAUUGGGUCCUUAAGCCAGAGAACUCUUUGCGCUGGCACAAUGAAGUCUUGAGUUGGAUUACCAAGUUCGUGAGCGAUGAUUGA